GUCAUUGGGUCACGAGGUCAGGACUGAGUUCACAGGAAAGACAGCAUGGCGACGGUGCUGGACUUCGAGGACUUCGACGCGGAGAGCGACGCCAAAGCCCUGAGGAAGGCGAUGAAGGGGUUCGGCACGGACGAGCAGGCGAUCAUCGACGUCGUCACGCACCGCUCCAACGCCCAGCGGCAGCAGGUGGCGGUGGCGUUCAAGACGCUCUUCGGCAAGGACCUGCUGUCUGACCUCAAGUCGGAGCUCUCCGGCUGGUUCGAGACGCUGGUCGUGGCGCUGUUCGACCCCCCGCUCGUCUACGCUGCCAAGCAACUCAAGGGGGCCAUGCGGGGAGCUGGCACGGAUGAGAAGUGUCUCAUUGAGAUCCUGGCCUCGAGGAACAACGCGGAGAUGUUGGAGCUCUGUGCCGCUUAUCAGCGAGAGUACGGCUCGUCCCUGGAGGAAGACAUCAUGGGAGAAACAUCCGGACUCUUCCAGCGAGUCCUGGUCUCCCUACUCACGGCGAACAGAGACGAGGGGGGCGACGUGGACGAGGAACUCGCAAGCCAAGACGCAGAGGGCCUGUACCUGGCCGGGGAGGACAAACUGGGGACGGACGAGUCAACGUUCAUCAUGAUCCUGUGCUCACGCAGCCACGCACACCUCAAGAGAGUGUUUGAGAUCUACAAGGACGUGGCUGGCAAGUCGGUCAUUGAGAGCAUCCGCAGCGAGACCUCCGGGGACUUUGAGGACGUCCUCCUUGCCAUCGUGAAGUGCAUUCUGGACAAGCCGGCCUUCUUUGCGGAGCGCCUCUACAAGGCCAUGAAGGGCCUGGGCACGGACGACGCGACCCUGGUCCGGGUCAUGGUGUCGCGGUGCGAGGUCGACAUGCUGGACAUCCGCUUCGAGUUCAAGCGCUUCUUCGGAGAGACGCUGUACUCCUUCAUCAAGGGCGACACAUCGGGCGACUACAAGCGGGCGCUCAUCCAGCUGUGCGGAGGCGAUGACUGAGCGAUCGAGGAGGGUGGGGGACAGCGGUGGAAGAAAUCCGUGGAAGUCACCUCCUCCCCCCACCCCCAACCCCUCCACUUCAGAAUCAGAAUCUGUAUUUAGACUGGAGGAAUCUGACGAUCCCGCGGAUUUCAACGAGGGAAGACGAGGAAAGGCAGCCGCAGCGAAGGGAGAAAUCCGCGGAAGUUCGUCCGCACCCACCUCGGGCGGGAGGAACUGCCGCGGAUUUCUACGAGAGGCGGGUGCUGAAAAUAUAAAAGUAAAAAAUCCGCGGAAGCUCCUCUCGCUACCACUAUUUUUUUUAGUACUUCACUGUACUUAAAUUGGCUCACACAGAGAACUAUAGACUCACACAGAGACCCAUAGACGUAGAGACCCAUAGACUCACACAGAGACCCAUAGACUAACACAGAGACCCAUAGACUCACACAGAGACCCAUAGACUCACACAGAGACCCAUAGACUCACACAGAGACCCAUAGACUCACACAGAGACCCAUAGACGUAGAGACCCAUAGACUCGCACAGAGACCCAUAGACUCACACAGAGCCCCAUAGGCUCACACAGAGACACCCAUAGACUCACACAGAGAGCCAUAGACUCACACAGAGACACCCAUAGACUCACACAGAGAGCCAUAGACUCCCACAGAGAUCCAUAGACUCACACAGAGACCCAUAGACUCACACAGAGACCCAUAGACUCCCACAGAGAUCCAUAGACUCACACAGAGACCCAUAGACUCACACAGAGAUCCAUAGACUCACGUAUAGACCCAUAGACUCACACAGAGACCCAUAGACUCACACAGAGACCCAUUGACUCACGUAGAGACCCAUAGACUCACACAGAGACCCAUAGACUCACACAGAGCCCCAUAGGCUCACACAGAGACCAUAGACUCACACAGAGACCCAUAGACUCACACAGAGAACCAUAGACUCACACAGAGAUCCAUAGACUCACGUAGAGACCCAUAGACUCACACAGAGGCCCAUAGACUCACUCAGAGACCCAUAGACUCACACAGAGACCCAUAGACUCACACAGAGACCAAUAGACUAUACACACAGAGACCCAUAGACUCAACACAGACACCCAUAUACUCACACAGAGACCCAUAGACUCCCACAGAGAUCCAUAGACUCACACAGAGACCCAUAGACUCACACAGAGACCCAUAGACUCACACAGAGAUCCAUAGACUCACGUAUAGACCCAUAGACUCACACAGAGACCCAUAGACUCACACAGAGACCCAUUGACUCACGUAGAGACCCAUAGACUCACACAGAGACCCAUAGACUCACACAGAGCCCCAUAGACUCACACAGAGACCAUAGACUCACACAGAGACCCAUAGACUCACACAGAGAACCAUAGACUCACACAGAGAUCCAUAGACUCACGUAGAGACCCAUAGACUCACACAGAGACCCAUAGACUCACACAGAGAACCAUAGACUCACGUAGAGACCCAUUGACUCACACAGAGACCCAUAGACUCGCACAGAGACCCAUAGACUCACGUAGAGACCCAUAGACUCACACAGAGACCCAUAGACUCACACAGAGACCCAUAGACUCACACGGAGACCCAUAGACUCACACAGAGACCCAUAGACUCACUCAGAGACCCAUAGACUCACACAGAGACCCAUAGACUCACACAGAGACCAAUAGACUAUACACACAGAGACCCAUAGACUCACACAGAUACCCACAGACUCACACAGAGACCCACAGACUCACACAGAGACCCAUAGACUCACACAGAUACCCAUAGACUCACGUAGAGACUCAUAGACUCGCGUAGAGACCCAUAGACUCCCACAGAGACCCAUAGACUCGCAUAGAGUCUAUGAGUCUAUGAGUCACUGUGUGAGUCUAUGAGUCACUGUGUGAGUCUAUGAGUCACUGUGUGAGUCUGUGGGUCUCUACGAGUCGACAAGAUCCCGGCUGAAUCUCGGCGUCUCCCACCUCUGGAUGCUGCAAGUCCUCGUGUUCAUUUUUAGCAUUCGAGUGUCUUCUGUGCGUCCCGUGGGGAAACGCGAGUCCGUCUGGGGGGGGGGGGGGGUAUCGGGUGCUGCCGCAGAUUUCCAACAUUGCUCAGCGGUGAGGUCUUGGCUGUCCCUCAGUACGCGUGUCCUGGGUCAUCCGUAAUCCGCGGAAGUUCCCGACAUCCCGUUCCGUUGACAGCCCACCGCCUCGUCGUGGUGGCCGGAAAGGGGUAAAGGCGCAGCCCUGCAAUUGCUCGCUCACUCCGGCUGUGGCGAUUACGCCGCGGGGUGGACAAAGGCGCUGGGGAGGGUGCGGGGUGAUUUUGAAAACUUGCUCCCAUUCAGCUGCCAUACUCCGAAGCAAUCAUCAGCCACCAGCAUUGACCAGCGUGGUGAAGUAUGGUCAAAUAACCCCCCCACCCUUCCCCACAACGACCUGCACAGCGUGCGGAGGGCCCUAAUCUAGCAGUGGAGCGGUACUGAAAGUUCGGGCGGAUUUAAGGGUGAGAGUGGUGGAGCUUCCGCGGAUUUCUAAUUUUUGAUGCCAUAAGCUGUGAAAAUGCAGCCGUCUUUGUCUUCCUUUUGUUGUGCAAGUACAGGAACUUCAUACAUUUCCCGGGUGAGAUUGGAGCUGACAUCAUACAACCAUCGCAACCAUCACGAUUACUCUCACAUCACACAACCAUGACGCAUCAACAGCAUCGCUAUAACCAUCACUUCCAAUCACCACCACUGCGACUAACGCCAUCAACACCAGAUUUGAAGCUUUCGUGACUGCAAGGAUUCAUAUUCUUAGGUUUUUUCGGUAAAGUCACGUAGGUAAAAUGUUUUAAUUAAUAAAAGUAAAAUAAAAAUAAAAUAAAAAUCACGACGUUUGAAGACGAAAGCUUGUGUUGCCUCCGAAACGUGGUUUUUUAAAUUUUAUUUUUUAUUUUACUUUUAUUAAUGUUUUAACCUACGUGACUUUACCGAAAAAACCUAAGAAUACCAUCAACACCACCACCACAGUACUACAAAUCCACCAUCACUAACACCAUCACUUUGGACACCAUCACCACCGAUAACCUCACUAGCUCUUUAGUUUGUAGUAAUAAUACUACUCACAAAGUGUCAACAAUAGCAGUGUUAAUGACGAUAUUCACGAUGAUGAUGAAGAUGAUGAUUAGGACUUUUAAUUUCUCACGGAAUAUUGUCCGGGUCCCCCCCACUCACCCCCCACCACUACCCUAUAAGUGGGGAGUGGGGGGGGGUAUAUUCCAGAGCUCAGCCCCGGACAGCUCCGUGUGCAAUGAAGCCCCGAUGCCAAGCGGUUUGUCUUUGCCUGCGACGCAUGCCUGACCGACUGUAACAUCUGGAACGCGUGACCCGAUUAAACGACUCUGCUUAAUCGUCA